CCCAGGUGAAAGUGAUUCGGUGGUAGCCAGCAGCAAACUGGGGCGUGGUUUGUUUCUGUGCUUUAGGUGCCGUCAAACAGUUUUCGACAGGUAAAGAAGGACACAGUCGGAUCAGGUAGGGUUUGGAAAAGCACAACUAUGGAUUUGGAUUUGUCAUCAGCUGUGAAUAAAGACGAAGACGUGAAGAAGGAGGAUGCACAGAAGAAUGAGCUAAGCUGGCCUUGGGGCAAGAACAAAGAUAAGGAUAAGAGCAAAGAUAAGGACAAGGGGGACAGCAAGCACAAGUCGGACAGCAAGGACAAGUCAGACAGUAAGGACAAGUCUGACAAAGACAAGUCUGACAGCAAGCAUAAAUCGGACAGCAAAGACAAGUCGGACAGCAAAGACAAGUCCAAGGAUGGACAUGGCCAUGAUAAGAAGAAGAAGAAGAAGGGUGAAAAGAAAGAGGGGAAAAAAGGAUCCUCCUCUUCCUCCUCUGAUGAGGACUGAUUCUUUCUGUCUAUCAACUGGUGCCAUGGAAACAAGGCUGAGACUUUGUACAUAAACUUGAACUAAAUGUGACAAUAAAAUUAUCUAAAUGGGU